CUCUGUGUAAACAGCUUUAUUUUGACACCCAGAUUAACACUUGUGAGAUUCCAUCAGAGGUGUAAAUAUUACAGCAGAUGUUACUGUCACGGUUGGAGGGUCCUCCCUGGACGACCUUGCUUGAUUCUGUGUGUGUAUGUUUGUUUGUUUCUCUCUCUCUCCCCUGCCCACGAAGCCAUGUUUAUGGAAGUGCGCGCCGUGGGGAAGGCGGAACCUGACUGCCUUCGUCAACGGAGGUCAACGGAGGUCGCUCCUCGCUGUCGCCUACCCACCUGCGUCUGAUCACUUGACCAGCUGUUGUCAAUCAACCUUCUCUGCUGGUCGGAGGUAUUUAACCUGGGCUCACGGUGACAGUCGAUGUGGGAUUAUUACUCCAAACUGGUAGAGUCUGCGUGAGAAGUGUGCAUUCUGAUAUUCGGCUAGUGAGCUCGCUAAUUGUGGACCUUUUGUGGAAUUACUUCUUUCUCCUGGAGAGUCGGGUGGAGAGGAGAGUUGGGGAGCACACGCACGCACGGAGUCUCAGCACGGAGCCCACGGGGAGCAAAGGACAAGCACUAGAACCACGCCUGGAUCCUCUUUUCACCUUCGUUUCCAUGACAGUUACUAUGUAAAAGUGACUUUUUCUGUGUUCCAGCCUCACACAAAGACUGAAAGAGGAAGAUUGAGAGGUUUGAAGGAGAAAGAGCAGGAUGAGGACAGCUAAAAGAAAAAGAGAGGGCAAAAAGAAGCAGUGCAAAGAAGUAGUGAUGAUGAUGGAAAGAGAGAAGGAAGGAACCAGGAGGAGCGUGAGGAAUGAGUCGGAGAAUAUCGGGGCUGAUUUGGAGGUGCCUAUACCAACUGGACAGGAAAACAUUGCAGUCCGGUGUCAUGAUGUGUGCCGAUCUUAUGGCAAACUGAAGGCUCUCAGCAACAUGAGCCUUGCUGUGCCACAGGGACAGAUUUAUGGCCUUUUGGGACCCAGCGGAUGUGGGAAGACCACACUUCUGAAAUGCAUUGUGGGAACCCUGAAAAUCUCACAGGGUCACAUUACUGUUUUAGGGAAGCCGCCUAAAUUUCCAGGUCACAACGUUCCAGGAAAGAAAGUCGGAUACAUGCCCCAGAAAUUGGCGCUGUACAAUGAGUUUACCAUCAGUGACACCCUGACCUUCUUUGGCCGAAUUCAUGGCCUGGCAUCUAAGGAAAUCCAGGAACGCAUGAAACAUCUCAUUGGCUUCCUAGAUCUGCCUGAGAAAAACAGCCUUGUUCAAAAUCUCAGUGGGGGUCAGCAGCGAAGAGUGUCUCUCGGAGCGGCUCUGCUACAGAAUCCAGAGCUACUCAUCUUGGAUGAACCAACAGUUGGAGUAGACCCUGUUCUCAGAUCAAAGUAUGUAUGACCAGUAUGCUUUGUCCUGUAUCACACAGCACACAUGUAUAGUUGUUUUCCAGCUGAUGCCACUGGAGAUUUUCCUGCAUAAAGAAAUCAUUUAGGUGCCAGAGCCAAAAGAAAAUUGCUACAGUGUUAUAUGAAUUAGUUACACUUCUUCCACUAUUUCCCUAAUUUUAGUAUGCCCCUAAAACCCCUAAAUGUAAUUUUGCACUCAGCUUAAUACAUUACCUUUAAAACAAUGUAUCUAAAGGUAAACCCAUAUACAG